AGCCUAAAUCUUAUGUUGAUUUUGCUCCUUCUGUUUUUCGUUUGUGUUUGUGGAAACUAGAAAGUAAACGUAGAAACACCGACUUAACACAUCGUCUCUAUUUGUUCGUAAGCGACGUGAAAUUGUAUAAUGCUAUCACAUCUUUAUCGGAGUUGGAUGAAAUCUAUAUUGAUGAUGAUAGUUGGAUUUUUGCGGAUUUUUGUUGUUUUUUGCCAGACGGUGAAAUCGGAACUCGAGAAUAUAAAAACUACUUGCAAAGGAUUGACAUGGUCUACCACUCAAGUUUCGUCGACGAUGAAGAAAUUACUAAGGCAUGUGGUUGCCCUCUACUUCCCUUAAAAAGCCACAUAAAAGGACCAGCUCCAGUUUCAGAACAAGAUAUUGCUGAUAUUGUCGAUGAAGCAAUUACGUUUUUUCGUGCCAACGUAUUUUUUAGAAACUUCGAUGUCAAAAGUUCAGCUGAUAAGCUUCUUAUAUACCUUACAUUCUAUAUAAAUAUUGCUCUGAAAAGAUUAGAAGGCUGCAGAACAUUGGCUGAAGGAACGAAAGCAAUUAUAAAUCUCGGGUUGGAAAAGGUCCCUGUGCCUGGAGAACACGGUUUCCCGUUUCCAGGUUUAUUUGCCGUUCCACAAUCUCAACAAGAGGCAGAGCUGUUCAGAAAUUAUUUGAAGCAGAUACGUGAAGAAACGAGUGGGAGGUUAUUGAGUGUGGCGUAUCGGUCGAAUGGAACUCCAAACAAAUGGUGGUUGGCAUUUGCGAAAAGGAAGUUUAUGAACAUUAUUACAGCGUAAAGAAAGACGAUAAAAGCAAACCAUUUGACUGUAGUGUUCUUCGUUCGAGGAAGAAGUUUCGGAUGCUUGAUCUCUAGUUCGAAAUAUUAUUAUUAUUAUUAUUAUUAGUUUGAAUUUA